CCGAAUUGAUAUCAGAUAAUAAGAAGUGCAAAAUUUCUUCAACGACAUGAAAAAAAAAUAUACACAACAGUAAACUAUGACAACUUGAUAAAAAAUAUAUUAACUAAUUACCGCUAAUGUCAUAAUCAACAAAUACCAUUAAGAUCACUUUGAAAUAAUGAAUUAACUAUUUUUGAAAACCCAAAAUUAUUUAAAAAUAUGAAGAAAUUUAUCAAUAUAAAAUAAAACAAAAUUCAUCUAACCAAGGGAUUAGGUAAAAAAUUAUUCAAUGGCUCAAACAAAUUAGGCUCUCAUUAGAUCAUUGAAUUUCAAACCAGCUAUUUGACUAAUUCAACGACUUAAACCAAUUUCACACGGUUAGGAAGGGGUAGGUCCGGGGAGGGUAUCUCGACACCCAUACCCGCCCCAUGGCAGGUCGAGUACAGGUUGGGUAAUUUAUCACUGGGCGCGAGUCGGGGCAGGUCGUCCCAAUGAGUAUGUAAUUUACAUGAAAACAUUAGAACUAUUCGUUAUUUUCAUUAAAAGACCAAGAAACAAACCAUAAUAUGAUAACAUGUAGUUAAAUUAUUGGAGAAAUAGAGUCUUAUUACUUAUUCACAACUUUAUUAUAGCUAAAAUCCGAAGUAAUUUGACUAAGAUAAUAUGUAAUUUAGGCAAGAAACACCGUACCGAACUUAUCAGUAUUUGGUAUUACCAAAUACCGAUUUAUUUUUUAGAGAUCGGGAUUGAGAUUCAUUUUGGAGUGAUAUUCGGUAUUCGGGAUUACGGGAUUGAGAUCGAUAUAUACCGAAAUACCGAGAAACAACCAAAAAAUAAAAAUUAAUGAAAUAUAGCACACAACUUUUGAUCAUUCCCCACUCUUUCAUAACUCACAAGUCCCCAUCCAACUCAAUUUUGGCUUUCCAGUUUAAGUCACUCUCGUCUCUCAUCUAAUCUCUUGUUAUUUUAAUAACAUCAAUAAGAAAACCCUAGUAUUAGUCGUCUCUCAACCUCCAAUUUGUCGAAUUAAAGAUUGCCAAUGACAAGAACUUGAGUUGUCACCUCUCAUCCCUUCUCCCUAUCCAUGUCCUAGUUCUAGAAAAACUCAAGACUCUUUGCUUAGUUUUUUUGCCCUAAAUUAAACAAUCAAAUCGAAUUUAUAUAUUUAAUUGUUAAUUGCAAAGAUAAUUAAUUUUGCAUUCGAUAAUACCAAUUGGGAUACCGAGAUACCGAUUGGGAUACCCAAAUAUUUAGAGAUUGGGAUACUGAAAUUAUUUAGGGAAUGAGAUUGGGAUUGAUUUUAGGGGGUAAUUCGGUAUUCGGUAUUGGGAUACCGAUACCGUACCGAUUUCCACCCCUACUCACUUCCACUCCCACUCCCACAGCUGUUGAUUGUAACUUUUCGAGAUCUUACAAACUACAAACUUCUGUAGGCAGUUAGGGUCUGCCUUCGUCCCGGAAAAAAACGUCGUUUGCUACUCCGAACUAGCAAUGUUUUGAUUUUGUCAAACUUGGACGACCAUAACUUUAUGCUCCACACUCUGAACUUCAUGAAUUUUUUUUUGAUUUCGCAUAAUUUUUUAAGGACUACAACUUUUAUUGUAGUCAUAAUUUCGAAAUGUAAGUGAAUUUAUGAAAAAGUAAAAGUACAAUAAUUCCCAAAAUUCCAUACAUACAAAAAUAAUUGAAAAUUAAGGGACGUUACUUUAUGGGUUUUUUUUAACAUUCUUUUCGUUGAAAGUUGAAACAAACGACCCCCGUACGUUCAGCUCUGGUAAUGUAUUAGACCAACUCCAGUGCAAGCCUCCAAAUUUGGGGAUGAAGAUCCCCAAAUUUGGGGGUCAUCCCCAUUUUUCCUUCUUUUGCUCCAAUGCUACAUCCUCUAUAUUUGGAGAUCUCCAUUUUUUAGUUUUCCAUUUACUUAAAAAUGUACUUACCGAAGUCUUAAUAUACUUUGUUCAUGUUAAUUUUUGUAUAGUUCGUCAUCAUUUUUAAAUACAAAUUUUCCGGUAGAAAUUUUUUUAAUUUUGAGACCAAAUUUUUUUUGACAAAAAAUGAUUGACCUAAUUUGGGUUUACACACAACACUUGAAAAUUAUUGAUCUAAUUAAACCCCUAACUAAUCUCCUAAUUAAGCCCCAAUUAACCCUUAAAAUCUUAAAAAGAAAAAAAAACGCCACGUGGCGGACUUUGGGGAGUCUCUAUAUUUGGGGAACCCCCAUUUCCACCCCAAAUUUGGGGAUCAUUUUGGAGAUCUCCCCCAAAUAUAGAGACUCCUCUAUUUAUAGAGGCUCAAUUGGAGCUAACUUUCCCCCAAAUAUAAAGGCUCUCCCAAAUAUAGAGGCUCCAUUGGAGUUAGCCUUAGUAUCUUUGCUUCCGCUCGCCCUGUCACUCUCUCUCCGACUCUCCCUCCCCCUCCCACUCUAAUUUCCUUUUCCCUUGCUUCCGCGGCGUGAUCGACACACUCACUCACUCACUCACUUGGGACUUGCGGGCGCUGGGCUCCUCGCUCUCACUCCCACCCUCUCUGUGCUCUACUACUGUAAGUUCACCUCAUAGAAUAUAUUUCCUUUUCUGUUUUGAUUUCUCGACUGUAGCCCCCUUCGCUCUGUGUGUUCCCCUUUUUGCCUGUUGUUACCGCUUCGUUUGCUUCCGACGCUCCGCCGUGCCGAGGUUUUGCAUUUUCCCGCUUCGUUUCCUUGUUCAGCGUUAGGGUUUCUGUAUUGUUGAUUCCCGACCCACAUUGCUAUUUUUCUCUUCUCCGCAAACGCGAAAAUUCAAGCGGCCGUCCACUCUAUUGACCUGCAUGUGAUUUUCAUGGGUCGGGAUUGGAAUCUUUUUGUAUUUGGAUGAGGGUUUCUGAGACCCGUCUCUCAAAUUGUGGGAGUUGCAGUUGUGUUCGCAUGUGCUAUAUAAGGUCGUUGCUUUUCAUGUUUAUUUAUCGAACUUGAGUCUCUGAUUCUUUUCAGUUGAUUCCCCCUUCCAAUUCGGCAUUGAGGGUUUUCAACUUGGAACGGGAACACUGGGGUUAAGUUUUCGUUUUUUUCCCUCUUUACUUUCUUAUGGUGCUAGGUUGGUAGUGAGGGAUAUCUCUUUGGCCAAUCAACCAUGCCGGUAAAUCCCAGAGUGCUUAAAGUCUUCCAGACAAUGGGGGAGAUGGGAUUCACGGACGAUGCAGUGAAGCCUGUAUUGAAAAGGCUUCUGAAGUUGUACAAUAAAAAGAUCUCAUUAAUUGAAGAAGAUAACUACCGGGUUCUUCUGGAUGCUCUUCUUGAGGAGCAGGAGGCAUCGGGAAACAAGAAGCCGGUCGAUGAGGAAAGUUUUGAGGAAGAUGCUCAGGAUGAAGAACCUCCUCCACGACCACUAAAACGGCUUCGUCCAUUGCGCUUAAGAGACCAAGAAGGAAUGGUGUCCCCUUCAUCUGGAAACCACAGCCCCCAAACCAAUGGAACUUUGCUGAAGCAGCCAAAACGGGAGGAUACAGAUCCACCUUCCACAAGUUCCACGCAGAGAAGUCCAUCUCCCCAACAUGCUGCUACAAGUGCAGCCAGCCAGCCUUCGUCUGCACAGAGAAGUUCAUCGCAGCAACAAGUAACUGACAGAAUUGUUCCAUCGGAACAAUGUUUGCCUCAGAAACAGCUCGUAAACAAAGGAAAAAAGCCUAUGUCAUCUCAGGAUCCUGCUAGAGAUAAAAGGCACCUUGCUUCAGGAGAAAAAUCCAUACGUCUUGGUUCUCCACGUAAGCGAAAACUGCCUGACAUCAGUGCCCUGAUUGUACCUAAAGAUGAGCCAGUAACCGAGGAGAUGCCUCUCAACGAGCUUCCUCUUGCAGUAAUAGGGCCUGAUUCGAGCAAUGGUAAUACUGCUGAUCUUGGAGACCAAACUAGCAAGCCCUCUUCUAACUUGGAAAUCGCUUCAUCCCCUUCAGGAGAGGUGAAGAUAUCCUUGAGCUGCCAACCUUUGUUUGGAAGGCCAGAUUUUCACAUGCCAACUCUGGAUGAACUGCUGAAAUCAGUGGAGGAGAAAUCUCUCCGGCAUAAAUUACUUGAUCCAAACUUUUCUCUCAUCCAACUUAUGAAAGAUAUGUGUCAGUGCUUCGUGGAAUUAGCGACUGAUUCAUCUCAUGAAUCGCAGGAAAGGGGGGUAAUCAGUGAAACACAUUAUGAGUUGAAGAAUUCUGAUGCUUCUACUGCUCUUUGCCUUGUGGGUACCGAUGGAAAUAACGAGGCCCCAUCUGAUGUAUCUGUUGAUCCAGAGCCUCAAGUUCCAAAGUUGGUUCAUUCCUUGAGUAAGCAUGUGAUCCCCAAUGGUGGUGAUGUAAAUGGCUUUGGAUCAAGAUCAGGAGACCCCGAAUCUUUCAGCUUAGCAGUCGUUCCACGAUAUCAGACAGGUCGUGAUGAGUUAAGGUCUCUUCAUGACUCAAAUGACAUCACUAAGGGAGAAGAAGUAGUUGAGAUUCCAUGGGUUAAUGAAGUCAACAAUGAGUGCCCACCAUCCUUUCACUAUAUACCAGGAAACCUUGUGUUUCAAAAUGCCUAUGUCAAGUUCACUCUUUCUCAGAUCACAGAAGAUCAUUGUUGUACAUCUUGUAUUGGGAAUUGCCUUUCUUCAUCAUCUCCUUGCGUUUGUGUUGCUGAAACUCUGUAUGGGUUUGCAUACACACCAGAUGGUCUUCUCAAAGAUGACUUCCUGCAAGAAUGCAUCUCCAUGACUCGGGAUCCGCAGCUACAAUCCAUAUCCUCCUGUAUGGAUUGCCCAUUGGAGAGAUCCAGAAAUGAAGAAAUGUUAGAGCCAUGCAAAGGUCACCUGAACAGGAAAUUUAUAAAGGAGUGCUGGAGAAAAUGUGGCUGUCAUAAGCAGUGUGGAAAUCGAGUAGUACAACGAGGUAUAAGGCGCAAGUUGCAGGUUUUCUUCACAACUGAUGGAAAGGGAUGGGGUCUUAAAACCCUGGAGAAACUGCCGAAAGGUGCGUUUGUUUGUGAAUACAUUGGAGAAAUUCUGACCAUCAAAGAACGGCAUGAGAGAACCAUGCAAAACUCAAGUAUUACCAAGACUGAGAACCCCCCUUCAGUUCUGUUGGAUGCGUAUUGGAACUUGAAAGGGACUCUAAAGGAUGAAGAGUAUCUCUGUUUGGAUGCGUCGUUCUAUAGUAAUGUUGCCAGGUUUAUUAACCACAGGUGCCUUGAUGCCAAUCUAAUUGAGAUCCCCGUUAAGAUUGAAACCCCGGACCAUCACUAUUAUCACCUGGCCUUCUUCACAACAAGAGAGGUGGAUGCCUUGGAAGAGUUGACUUGGGAUUAUGGCAUCGACUUCGAUGAUGACAAUGAUCAACCCAACAAGAAAUUUCAGUGCAAGUGUGGUAGCAAGUUCUGCAGGAACAUGAAGCGACCAAGCAGAUCGAGGCCUCUGGCCAGGUGAUCAUGGGACGAGAAACGGACAAUUUGCAAAGCCUUCAUCCUUGGGGGCUAAGAUGGUUACACUGAUCCGAGUUGGUGCUCAUCUUUUCCAGUCUUCUUAUCUGUGGUGCUUAUUAGGAAAUUAGGAGUUAGGAUUUGAUUUUAGCCAAUGUAAAUCUUGUUUGGUUAUGACAUCUGUACAUUCGGCAUUCCUCAGGCAUGGCCAUUAUGUGUUUUGCUACUCUGAACUGAGCUCUGAAGUCGUAGAUUAUCGUUAUAAUUCUAAACGACUAGUUACUUUGCUGAUAAAAACAAUCAAUCAAUGCAUAAAUUAAUAUGGAUAAGGAAACAAAAAGAAACUAACAGCUUAACA